CCCCCCCCCCUCUCUCUCUCCUUCUUUUUCUCCCCAUCCAAUGGCCCCUCCGCGUGCUGCUGGACGCCGGCGUCGCGUCGUUGCCGGCGAGGCGGACCCUGUCGCCAGCCCCGACCCUGCCGGCACCGCACCCACUGAGGCAACUGUAUCCGCCUCUGUAUCCGCCCCUGUGGCCGCGCCUGUGGCCGCGCCUGUGGCCGCGCCUGUGGCCGACGCUGAGUCCGAUGUCAGCGCAGCUCCAGCCGAGAGCACCGUAGCUGAGCCUGAUUCGGCUCCUGUUCCAGACACUCCUGGUGUUCCCGAAGUUGCUGCCGAGGACAUCUCCGGCGCCGGCCAGCAGGUUUGUGAGGCACCUCCCGAGCCGGCCGAAGCUGAGGCGCCCAGCGAGCCGGCCGGGCCCGGCCCCGCCCCCACCUCGGGCGCUUCCGCGUCGGACAUCGACCCGGGCGCUAAACUGGAGGAGCCUGCGCCGCCUGCCCCCCUGCCAGCCUCCCUGGAUCAUGGCGAUGCGUGCCCGGCCACCCCACAGCCCCAACUACCGUCCAGCUCGUCAAGCGGUUCCCUUUACCCGACGGCCUCUGCGUCGCCGGGGCAGGCCUCACCGGGGCAGGGCUCGCCGGCGCGCCGGACCUCAACCACGUCGGCUGUCGAGGCCCAUGCCGCCGGCAUUCGCCCAUCCACUGGGCCCGGUCCGGCGCGGUCGUCCAACUACAAGCGUCUGGUCACUCUGAAUGAGUCCCUCACGCAAAAUAUUGACGGGCGCAUUGCCGCGUCCUUGCGGCAGGUGCUCCGGCAAUUGGGCAAUGCCACCGGUGUGGAUACCACCACCCACCUUCAAAGCCGCCAGCGUCAGUGGGCCGCGCAGCGGGCCGCCGCGGGCCCAGCCGGAGGCGACCCGACGUCCGCUUCUGCCUCCGCCUCCGCCUCUGCCUCGGAUGAGGGGCCUCUCCCUGGGGGGGCCUCCUCGGGGGUCGGCGCCUCGCCCGGUGGGACAGGCGCCGCCGCCAGCGCCGCCGGCUCCUCACGCCUCUCCCGCAUUACGGCCCUGGCCUAUGGGAGUAGCUCGGACCCGAUGGGCGAUGCCCUGCGUGACUCGAGCCACAACUCGCGCGUGGCCUACUCCGACCUGAUUGCCAUCUCCAAGACGGUCUUUUCCCCGAGCUUCGGCGUGAAGGUCGGGCUCCCGCCGGCCGCUCCUCUUUCCGGCGGCGGUUCCGGCGUGGGCGGCCUCUUCCCCAGCUGGGACACCCUGUGAGACAAUACACCAAAAAAGACCGUCAA